AUGACCCUUUCCGAAACCCUGGUCUACCUCCUCGGCCUUGGCUGCAUUGCCCGAAGCGUCAUGGCGUUCGCCAAUCCGCAGGCCGAAUACGCGCUCAAUGGCAUAAGACACACCAUCGCCCCCAAAAAGGACACGAGCUCAGGGCCAAUAUAUAUGCUGGGCCUUUGGGAAUUAUCUGUAGGCGUCCUGUUGCUCACCACUCAAGCUAGCGGGUCUUUUGCUGGCAUCACGACUCUGUUGGGCUUGAUGGGCCUUUACAAAGCAGGCGUGGCGAUACUCCUUUGGAAUAUUGGGGACAAGAACAAGACUAGAAAGAUCGCGGGAAAUAUAUUGACUGCCAUCACGUUCUUGUUCUGGGCUCUAUACAGGUGCCAAUGA